AUGGUCGUGCUAAAAGGAAUCCCCUCUGUCUUAUCUCCUGAUCUGCUACACGCGCUAGCCAAAAUGGGACAUGGAGACGAGCUAGUACUCGCAGAUGCUAAUUUCCCAGCCGCUUCUAUCUGUGCGUGUGGUCCCAAAGAGAUUAGAGCUGAUGGUUUGGGGAUCCCACGGCUACUGGAGGCCAUUUUGAAGCUGUUUCCCCUGGAUACGUACGCCCCCAGUCCGGCGGCAGUCAUGGAUCUGGUAGAAAGUGACAAACAGAGAUGUUUAGCUGUCCCUGUGUGGGGGACGUACACGCAGCUCCUCUGCCAGGCGGGAUCUCAGACCACCCUUGAGGUGGUGGAAAGGUUUGCAUUCUAUGAACGAGCCAAGAAGGCCUAUGCUGUUGUAGCCACGGGGGAGACGGCCCUAUACGGUAACCUGAUACUGAAGAAGGGAGUCAUUCCUGCUGAUCAGCUUCUGUGA